AUGGCGCCUGCCUUGAGCGCUUCAACGCUGACAUUCGCAGUCCCAAAGGCCCGUCGCCCGCGCUUCGACUUCAACCUCAACAUCUUUGACUUGAACAACGUCCCCCUGGUAUCCGGCACCUGCUUCGUCAAAUGGCAUCUACCCUCAUCAAGUGCUGCCGAGCAUCGCGGCCGUACAAACAAAUGCAACAUCAAGGAUCACAAGGUCGUCUUCGACUAUGAGAAACAGACCUCUGUACGCCUUGUCAUUGGCAAGGAUCACAUGUUACAAGAGCUAUACAUACACCUCGAGAUCAUACAAGAAUAUUCCAGUGCCGGUAAAGGAGAGCGCAUCACUCUGGGAAACAUCAAGCUCAAUCUGGCCGAAUAUGUCGACACAAACGACCAUGCCCACCAAGAUGAAGAAGGCGUCACGAGACGUUACCUCAUGCAGGACAGCAAGAUCAACAGUACUCUGAAAGUCUCGCUCCAUCUCAAGCAUCUCGAGGGUGACAGAAGCUACUAUGCUCCUCCAUUGCGCACCGCGCCCGUUUUCGGUGGUAUCACUGGUAUAAUGUCUCAGGAGGUCGCAGAAGUCGCCGAAGAGGGCAGCAACAUCCCUUCUUUAUCCAACAAGAGCCGUGAGAACGGCGAACUACAAGACAUGUAUCGGCGAACAUUAGCUGCAUCAUGGGUCGCACAGCCAGGGGAGCUACGAGCCGACGACUGUAUCAAGGAUAUAUUUGCUGGUGGUGAUGGCUGGGGUUCACAUCUUGACCACGUCCAACGCAGUCAACAUCUCGCUCCCGGCGGCAGCGACGAAGACAAAGCCAAAUCGAACAAUCUGACUCCAACACACAAAUCCAACAGAACAGCGCGUUCGAAGAGCCCCAUGCGAGGCCACCAGCGCGAAGUCAGUAAGGAAAGCCAAGGCACUUUUGGAGGUCGAAGCAGUCUGCACCAGCAAGCCAUCAAAUUCGAGCUGGAAUCUGCCAAACGGAAAUCUAACAAGCUGGGACAAAACGAGAUUGAUGAGUUCGACAAUCCAUGGCGUGAAGAUUUGAGGUCAUGGAAGAUCGGAAACAUGAUUUGA